GAAGAUGAUGUAACCCGGCCCGUUACACAUUUCUACAAUCUAUUCUUCAUCUUCUCCAAUCCUUCUGCUAAACCCUGACAAAACCCUAAUCCUCCAUUUUCACACACACACACACACACCAUCCCAAAUGGCUCUCUCCAAACACUCCUUCUUCACCCAUCACCUCAAAACCCUAACCCUAGCCAAACCCUAUUAUCUCCGCCGCCCUCAGCCACCAUUCAUCUCCCUCCGUUUCCUCUCCUUCGCCACCCCAGAAGAAGCCGCCGCCGAACGCCGUAAACGCAAACGCCGUCUCCGUAUCGAGCCCCCGUUAUCCUCCCUCCGUCAACAAAACCAACCCCGUCCUGUAACCCCACCUCAAAACCCUAACCCUAACCCUAACGCCCCCAAAAUCCCCGAAACAGUCUCGUCACUUACCGGUAACAGGCUCAAUCUACACAACAAGAUCCUUAAACUGAUACGUGAGAAUGAUUUGGAUGAAGCUGCGUUGUACACGCGCCACUCUGUUUACUCUAAUUGCCGUCCUACUAUAUUCACUUGUAACGCCGUUAUGACUGCGCAAUUACGGCAAUCAAGAUACUCUGAUUUGCUUUCGCUUCAUCGGUUUAUUACACAGGCUGGUAUUGGUGCGAAUAUCGUUACGCAUAAUUUGCUUUUGACUGCUUAUAUGGAUUGUAGGAAAACUGAUAUGGCUAUGGAACAUUAUAAACAGUUGAUUAAUAAUGCACCGUUUAAUCCUUCACCUACUACGUAUAGGAUACUUAUUAAAGGGCUUGUUGAUAAUGGUAAGAUCGAUAAGGCGAUGGAGUUGAAGGACGAAAUGUUAACGAAAGGGUUUAGUGCUGAUACGGUCGUGUAUAGUUAUUUGAUGUCUGGACAAGCUAAGGUUUCGAAUGCUGAUGGGGUUUUCGAGCUUUAUGAAGAAUUGAAGGAGAAAUUGGGUGGGGAUGUUUCGGAUGGUUUGGUUUGUGGGAGCUUAAUGAAAGGUUAUUUCUUGAGGGAAAUGGAGAAGGAAGCUAUGGAGUGUUAUGAGGAAGCUGUGGGUGAGGAUUCUAAGAUUAAGAUGAGUGCUGUGGCGUUUAAUUAUGUUCUAGAUGCGCUAAGCAAGAACGGGAAGUUUGAUGAGGCUUUGAAGUUAUUUGAUAGGAUGUUGAAUGAGCAUGAUCCUCCUAAAAGAUUGACUUUGAAUUUGGGUAGCUUUAAUGUAAUGGUAGAUGGUUAUUGUGCGUUGGGAAGGUUUAACGAUGCGAUUAAUGUUUUUAACAGCAUGGGUGAGAAGAGGUGUAGACCGGAUACGUUGUCUUACAAUAAUUUGAUUGAGCAGUUGUGUAAAAAUGACAUGUUGGGUGAGGCUGAGGAGCUCUAUAAGGAUAUGGGAGAGAAGGGGGUUAGUCCUGAUGAGUUCACGUUCGUUUUGUUGAUGGAUACUUGCUUUAAAGAGAAUAGGCCUGAUGACGCUGCUGCGUAUUUUAAGACCAUGGUUGAAUCUAAAUUGAGGCCUAAUCUUGGGGUUUAUAAUAGGUUGGUUGAUGGUUUAGUUAAAGUUGGUAAAGUUGAUGAAGCAAAAUCAUUUUUUGAUUUGAUGAUGGGAAAGCUGAGGAUGAAUGACGAUAGCUACAAGUUUAUGAUGAAUGCAUUGUUCGAGAUUGGGCAGCAUGAUGAAGUGCUUAAGAUUGUGGAUAGAAUGUUAAGGGAGGAUCCAGGUGAUUUCUCUGAUGAGUUGCAAGAGUUCAUUCGAGAAUCCUUGAAGAAGGAAGGCAGAGACGAGGAGUUGACCAAACUUGUGGAGGAUAUUGAGAGGGAGAAGAAAGAAGCUGUAGCCAGGGAAGCUGAAGCAGCUGAAAAAGCGAAGGCCAGUGCAAGAGCUGCUGUUUCUUCUUUGAUAAAUAGUCCUAAAUUGUUUGGAAAUAAGGAGCCUGAAGAGCAGUCAACAACUGCCGAUGAUGAUGACAAAGAAGCUGUCCCUGAACAAGAGGUGAGUGCUCAAGAAGCUGCUGUUGAGGCUAGUUCUGCUGGCGAGGAUGCUGCAGAAGCUGAGAACCUGGUUGCUACAGAAGCUAGAAGUGAUGGUGCUCUUUGAUCAGGUAGCGGCAUGAUGUAAUAUGUUGGUGACAACUAAUGAAACAAUAUUAGGUUUCUUUUCAUGCUGCUACAGUUGCAAGCACGAACCAUGAUCCUUGUUUGAUAAAUUGCUAGUGGAAAAUUGUUUGUAAUUUAGAUGGAAAUGAAACGAAUGAUUCAUAGAU